AGCCAUCUUCUUCUGGUAAUCCUGUACUCCAUCUUAAGCUCUAAAGUCACCAUGCAACAUCGCGUUCAUAGCCUCCGACCAGGCGCCAUGGGGAUACUUGGUUUGUUCUAAUAGAAGGACCCCCAAGUUGUCACUAACAUCAUGGAGAACAACAGCAGGUUUGAUAGCCCCACCAACAUCUCCUUGGCUAACAAUGACUUAGUGUUUAGCUUGAUCGAAUACAAAGCCAUCUCUGUGUUCCUGGUUUUAUUAAUCUGCGGAGUUGGCAUAAUUGGCAACAUCAUGGUGGUACUGGUGGUAUUCACUACCCGUGACAUGAGAACCCCAACCAACUGUUACUUGGUCAGCCUGGCCGUUGCCGACUUAAUGGUCCUGGUCGCCGCAGGGUUGCCGAAUGUUUCCGACAGCUUGGCCGGCACGUGGAUUUACGGGCACGCCGGGUGCCUGGGCAUAACGUACUUCCAAUAUUUGGGAAUCAAUGCCUCGUCCUGCUCAAUCACGGCGUUUACAGUGGAGAGAUAUAUUGCAAUUUGUCACCCGAUGAGAGCCCAGACAGUCUGCACAGUGUCACGGGCCAAGCGAAUUAUCACCGCCGUAUGGAUAUUCACAUCCAUAUAUUGCAUGCUUUGGUUUUUCCUGGUUGAUAUCCAAGUGAACAAGAACCAGCAGGUGGAAUGUGGCUACAAGGUCUCCCGUAACCUCUACCUGCCGAUAUACCUAACAGACUUUGCCAUUUUCUAUGUCAUUCCGCUCUUUGUCGCCACCGUCCUCUACGCUCUGAUUGGACGAAUCCUGUUUCUCAGCCCAAUACCCCAGCAUCCGGAGAGCACCACGGAGCGAUGGAGGGAAAAGAGUUCGAAGGAGAAAAACGGGUCGCAAACAGAGGGGAACAAAGGCAGCAAUCGCCCCAGGCCAAAGGGGGCGCUGUCUUCAAGAAAGCAGGUCACCAAGAUGUUGGCCGUGGUGGUCAUACUUUUUGCUCUCCUUUGGAUGCCCUAUCGGACAUUGGUUCUAGUCAAUUCUUUUAUGGGCAACCCUUACCUGGAUCCUUGGUUUCUUCUCUUCUGCCGUGUUUGUGUUUAUGCCAACAGCGCCAUAAAUCCUGUAAUCUACAACCUUAUGUCUCAGAAGUUCCGUACCGCCUUCAAGAAGUUGUGUAAGUGUGGACAAGAAGACACCCAAAGGAGAAGUAUGUACUUGACCACUACCAGUUACAGUAUGGUGAGGGAUGGAGCCACCGCUGGAGCGGAGAAGAAAGAUAAGCCAGCUCCUCAGAAACCCACCGCCCUUCCAAAACAGACCAGUAACGCGAGAACCGAAGGGGAGCUAUACUACAGCGUGGUCUAACGUGCCCGUUUGCAAACGUCCUGGUUCAUAGUCUAUGUACGAUGCGAAAGUUGGUGCCAAUCCAUGGGGCAUAUUUUACAUCAAGAGCAGCAAGGACGGCAUUCUUAUUGAAAUAUAGAAGAACAGAUCCAAAUUCUUUGGUCAUUUUGCCUUCCUGUAGAAGUCUAAUUAUGUACUGUGUCUUGUAGAAGAGCGAUGAAGUCUCUCGGCAUCCCAUGCACAGGCUUUAUGUACGAGUCAUGUUUGAGCUUUCAUAGAUUUCCGCCAACGGUAUGGAGCCAUUUUCCGUAAUCAGGAGUCCUCCAUGAGAUGCAGGUCAAAACCCCUACUUUAAAUAGCAUAUACCAAGUUAUUAUUACUUGAUUUAUUUUAGCGGGCAUUUAAA